GUUUGAUUGGAUUUUCUAGAAUUGAUUUUUCCAGAUUUCUCAUUUCCUAGUCAGCUGCAGAACGUCACCUUGUACGAAAGUUUAUUUGAGCAGAAUUUUGGAGUUCACGAAUAAUUCCGUUGGUUUGGAUUUAAGUUCAUUAUUCAUCGUAGCGCGCGAUCGAGGCUACUUUGUGGAUCGUUGAGUGAUUUUGAACAGAUCUGAUUCUUCCGGAAUUUUCACGAUUCCCCCUGCAUUAAAAUGCUAUCACGCUCCGGGGGAUUAUUGCAAGCGUUCCAGCGUACGCCCGCGUUCCAGCGCUUCGCCAGUUCCCUGGUGAUCGCCGCCCACAACAACGAACGUCUCCUGCCCAUCACGCUCAACACCAUCUCCGCCGCGCAGGACAUCGGGGACGAUGUGUCCUGUAUUAUCCUCGGCAGUAAAUGCUCCAAAGCUGUCGAAGAACUGAGCAAAGUUAAUGGGUUGAAGAGGAUUCUGGCAGCGGAUGAUGAGGCUUUUCUGGGAUUUUUACCCGAACGCGUUGCCCCGGCCAUCGUGGCCGCACAGAAGCAGUUUAAUUUCUCACAUAUUCUUGCCGGUGCUGAUGCUUUAGGAAAGGGCUUAAUUCCCCGCGUGGCCGCCCUGCUGGACGUGCAGCCGGUGUCGGACGUGACGGACAUCAAGGAUCCGGACACCUUCGUGCGGCCCAUCUACGCCGGCAACGCCAUCCUCACCGUCAAGUCGCUGGAGAAGAUCAAGGCGCUGACCGUGCGUCCCACCGCCUUCGAGCCGGCGGAAACCGGCGGCGGCUCGGCUAAAGCGGAAUCAGUGGAAGUACCGGACUUUGAUAAAGACAUAUCCGAAUUCGUGGAGCAGAAACUGACAAAAAGCGAUCGUCCCGAGCUAACCGCAGCUAAAAUUGUCAUUUCCGGUGGUCGUGGCAUGAAAAAUGGGGAGAAUUUUAAAAUGCUGUACGAACUGGCCGACAAACUGGGCGCCGCGGUGGGUGCGUCGCGAGCGGCGGUCGACGCGGGAUUCGUGCCCAAUGACAUGCAGAUUGGACAGACCGGGAAAAUAGUUGCGCCGGAACUGUACAUUGCGGUGGGCAUUUCCGGGGCCAUCCAGCAUUUGGCCGGCAUGAAGGACAGCAAGACCAUCGUGGCCAUCAAUAAGGAUCCCGAAGCACCCAUCUUCCAAGUGGCCGAUUUCGGCUUGGUGGAGGAUCUUUUUAAGGCAAUUCCGGAGAUGACAAAAUUAAUGAAAUAAACAGAAAUGCCGGAGUGACUGGGAAAUUUGGAGUAUAAUUUUACAAACGCACUCAGUAUAAAUUAAUUAAUUUCAUCCAACGGUUGCUUGCUCAUUGGGGCUGGAAAUACAGCAGUUGUCUGGCAUAUAAAUUUUAUUAAUAAUUUUGUUGGAGUUUACUGGCAGCGGUGUUUUGGCUGUGGUUGGUUAUUGUUUUGCCGGCUGAAUGUUGGCCGUGAACAUCGGUCUGUCAUGUUUCUCAUAAUUGGCCGGAUUACGAAA